AUGACCGCCUACCAUCUACACACCAACGACCUCAUCGAAUGUCUUGAGACCAUUGCUGAUAUGCUGGCCAUGUAUGUCGACAUCGAGCACAAGACAGAUGAAAUCCUUUUCUAUUACCCCUUCCUGGUGGUGUUGUGUGUGUGCAUUGUGUGGUGCACGCUGCUGUGCGUCAGCCGGCUCUACCUGGGCAUGCAUACGAUGCUGGACCUGCUGGUUGGCCUGGCGUUUGCCUGGGCACUCCUGUUCCCUCUGGCAGCCAUCACAGUGACUGUGGAGGCAUGGCUGCUGGCACAGCCAUGGGGCGGCCCCCUCUGUGCUGCACUGCUGCUGCUCGCAUAUCCAGCACCUCCACGGUGGACGCCCGCACGAGGGGACACGUGCCUUGUGGUGACCACAGUUGCUGGGAUCUGGGCCGGCGAGGCACUGCUGCCCACACUGCUUGGCACCGCCACACCUACACCUGUCAACCGUAGCGAUGGUGCUCUGUACGCGGUCGAGGGUCCCACUUUGGUGGGGCUUGCAUUUAUUGCGGCACGGACUGUGGUGGGCCUCUUAGCAAGUGUCCUCGUCCGAACCGCUGUGAAGGCUGUGAUAUACCCGCUGCUGUGUAGUGUCCAUGGCUGCGACCCCAAACUGGAGAGCAGCCGGCAAAAGGGCUCCAUUGAGCUUCCCUACAAGUACAUCACAUAUCUCUCCAUGGGGCUCACCAUGUCCCUGGGCUCUCCCUGGCUUUUCCAUUUGUUGGGCAUUCAGAGGGAAAGCCUGCCUGUUCACAUUUGAAUGUAUGCGCAAAGAACUGCGUAUGCUCAGUAUGCUAGCUACAUGUUUGUGUGGCAGUGUGCCUUUUAAUGCUGAGCGUUUCUGCAGUUCUGGCAUGGUGUGCACAUCGUAUGGCAUGAUAUGAUAGUGUUGUGCAUAGUGCAAUACUACGGGUUCAGUCAAUGACCAAUGUUUACUAAUUGUUGGGAUUAACAUACUAUUUAUGCCAGCAUACCUUGGUGUUUAUAUGUACAGUCAAAUUUUUAAAACAUUCUGAGGCGAAAUGGGUCCUGCUCUGGAAGUACAAAACCACUUCUGUACCAUCAUGCACUGUCGCUUCGCAUAAGUCGAUUUAUCCGUCAAACGUCACUUGUGUUCAUAAUCUUGCCUUGUCGACCAACUUUUAAGCAGUGCGAAAUGCAUUUGAUGGCUUUAAUAGUGCUGCAUUUAAGGGGAGAUGCAAGUCGAAAAAUGCUAGUUUUUUUCAAAAUUGCCGAUCUUUUAUUUACGCCUCUUUUGAUGAGAUUAGUACCUCCACUGUUAUGAAAAAAAUAAUACAGGUAGAGACUUGACUGUAAAUGCUUUGAAAUUUCAUCUAAAGAACACAAGGUGCCUGUUAAA